AUGCGGCCCAAGAGGUAUGGCGACAUGGUCCGGCGGCUGGGCAAGGCGGGCAGCGAGGUGAAGGUGCGCUCCUUCAUGGAGCCGUCGCGCGUGGAGCCCGGCAUCGGGGUAAACAUCUGGCAGGUGCUCAAGGCGCGCAUGUACAAGCUCGCCCACGCCGACGUCCACGGCGAUCCCACAUUCCAGAUGCCCCUCAGCGACGCCAAGUCCCACCUCAUGGCGCAGAACUACCUCCUCCACCACUACGCCGUCCGCAACAACCUCGACCUCUCCGUGGUCAAGGACGUGCUCCUCCCGCCGCCGGAGCUCCUCAACGCGCAGCCCCCGCCGCCCGUCAAGGACGACCUCUACAAGGGCCUGCCCGUCUUUGACGGCCCCGUGCCCGUCGUGUGCCCGCGCCCCGACCACGGCAAGGAGCUCAAGGUGACCGUCUACGACCAGCUCGACGUCAAGCAGAUGGUCGGGGUGGCCAUGCCCAUGGCGUACAUUCCCAUCGGGGUGUUGAUCCAUGGGAUUGAGAUGCGUCCUGGGCAGGGCGCCAAGCUCGUCCGGGCCAAGGGGACGUUCGCCAAGAUCACCAAGAAGCGGACGGACAAGCCGCGGGUGGCGGUGAGGAUGCCGUCCGGGAAGGAGAAGAUCUUCGACUCGCGGUGCCGGGCGGUGAUCGGGCCGCUCACCAAUCCGAAUAUCGUCAAGCCCAAGAUGUACAAGGCGGGGCAGAACCGGUGGAAGGGUGUCCGGCCGCAUGUCCGAGGGAUUGCCAAGAACCCCGUGGAUCAUCCCCAUGGCGGGCGGACCAACGGGGGACGGCCCUCGGUGACGCCGUGGGGGAAGCCUUGCAAGUGUGGGUAUAAGACGGUGAGAAAGAGGAAGCCCGGGCUCAAAUAUUGA